AUAGUUGCACACCCUGAAAUAAUAAAUUGUGAGACUCAGAGCUAAAACAGCUUUUUUUGUAGUAUAAUUAGCAAUGGACAACAAACUGCAAACUUUAAACUACUCAAUUUAUAAUUUCUCAUCCUUCUCUAGUUCAUAUCUUCCUGAAAACAUUCGUGACAAUUCGCCUAACAAUCAAAUUUCGAGAUGGAGUUCAGAAACGAACACACCCACGCAAUUCAUCACAUUGAAACUCGUAAAACCGAGUAUUGUUAAGUAUAUCAAAUUUGGAAAAUAUGAAAAGCCUCAUGUUUGUAAUCUCAAGAAGUUUCGUGUUUUGGGUGGGAUGGAUAUAAACAACAUGAGUCAAAUGUUUGAAGGGGGACUUAAAAACGACUCAAUACCUGAAGUGUUCGAGCUUAAAUGUAAAGCGCUUUAUGAAAACGAAGAUUUUCCCGUUCUAUUCAUUCAAGUUAUUCCGCUUUUGUCUUAUGGGCCGUCAUUUAAUUUUUCUAUUUGGUACAUCGAAUUACUCGGCUUAGAAGAUGAUUUCAUUGUUAGCAAUGUUUUACAACAGUACAACGAAGCAAAAGAAAAGACCACAAUUCGCUUAAUCCUUAAACAUUUAAGAAACAAAGGAUAUUUAGAAGCUUUUCAUGCGCUUUCAGGUGAAACGAACAUUCAAUUAGAGGAUGAAGAGAUAACUGAAUUGUAUCGAUGUCUUGUCGAUGAUGGUGACUUUAAAAAGGUUGAAAACAUCAUGGAAAAGCUUGUUAAUGAAGGAAACAUUGACGAAUAUAUUGCAAAGCAAAAGUACAAAGCCACAUAUAAAGAACUUAAUACCGAAAGUGAUAAUAAUGGAAACAGACCAAAAUCGAGAAACAAUGCUGCCUACACAUUCGAUCGUAAUCGUCAAUUAAUUUAUAUGUUUGGUGGAUCGGAUGAAACAAAUGAACUGAAUGACUUUUGGGUGUUUGAUUUAAAAAAGAAUGAAUGGAGUGAAAUUGAAAGUGAAAAUGGGCCAAGUCCGAGAAUAGGAAGUAAAAUGGUAUUUGAUACCGAUGGUAAUCAGCUUUUUGUAAUCGGGAGAAAAUCUUCAAAAGGAAAUGAAAAUUUUAGAAGUGAUUUUUAUUUGUACGAUGUGUCAAGAAACUCAUGGAUUCUUAUUUGUGAAGAUACGAGCUUAGAAAAUGGUCCGCAUGUGGUAUCUGAUCAUCAAAUGUGCAUCAGCCAUGAGCUUCGUACUAUUUAUAUCUUCGGAGGUAAAUUGACAAACAGACCUGAUGACAACGCUGACGUAUAUUCGGAUUUUUAUGCGUAUCACAUCAAUACAAAUACAUGGAAUAAAUUAUUUGUUGAUACCGCACAUCCCCUUGCUGCCAAUCCUGACAUUCAAUCGGUUAAAUCAAGAAUCAAUCAUUCAAUGCUGUACGAUGAUCGAUGUCGUAAAAUUUACAUCUUUGGUGGGCAAAGGGGAAAAGAAAAUUGUUCUGAUUUUUUAAAAUAUAACGUGGAUACGCACACACUGACGUCUGUACAAACAACUAUAACGGAAGCGGAUGCAGCGGGACAAUCAAUUUUCACUGGGAUUUUAAUUGCAUCGAUCGACAUGCAGAAGGGAGAAAUAUUUGCUUUAAUGCGAGAUUGUUUGUGGUUAUUUUCAUUAGCAACAAGUGAAUGGUCGAUGAUUUAUAAGAACGCUAUGAAUUCAUGUCCUGAAUAUUUCGUGUUUGAUUCAAUAGCAAAAAAGCAUUUCGUCCUUUCAAGUGGAUCAGAAUUUUGUCUUGAACUUUCACGCCCUUCACGUGACUUCAUAUUCGGCUACUGUAAGUAUUUAAUAAGGAAACAACACUACGAAGAAAUCACACGAACAAAUGCUAUCGAUGCGUUGAGGUUCCUUAGGACGAAUCUAGCGGAAACCAUCAAUAAAUCAGAUAUUGAUCAAGUUAAUGAUUUUCAUAAGCUUGCUUCGUUACUUUUCUGUAAUCAAGUUGAUGACAAUUCACUCCAAACUGAAGACACACAAGAUCGGACGAAAGUUCGUAAUCAACGCACUCUGCUUUUCAACAAACUCAUUGAACUUCUCCCCGAAAUUAAAUGUCAACCGCGUCCUAACUUGUGUAAUUUUAUCAACAACUGAACGUGAAUAAAAUAUUUGAUAAGGAAAAUAAAUCGA